CUGCAGUCUCUCAAUAGCAGCUGCAGUAACAGAGACACAGCACGCCCAUCACAACCUCUGUACUCCCAAGCAGCUAACAUUGAAGAGAAAGGGGAAGAACCAUAAUGGCGUCGGCAUCUUCCCAGCUGGACCCAGAUCUAAUGAGGGAGGUUCUUGAAUGCCCUAUCUGCCUGGAGACCUACAACCAGGAACAAAUGAGACCCAAACUCCUGCAGUGUGGUCACACAGUGUGCCGGCAGUGUCUAGAGAAGCUGUUGGCUAAUACCAUCAACGGUGUGCGCUGCCCCUUCUGUAGCAAGGUCUCCCGUAUGAGCAGUAUCUCCCAGCUGGCUGAUAAUCUCACUGUGCUCAAGAUCCUAGAUUGUACUAUGUCCUGCAGUGCUGCCGCUGCUGCCCUCAUGUGUAAGUCCUGCUGCAACCGUCUACCACGACAGUACUGCCAUGACUGUGCCACAGUCCUCUGUGAGCUCUGUAAAGGGGAGGGCCACCUCCAUCAAGGCCAUUCAGUCCAGCCGAUUAGGGUGGCUGCUGAACAGCGUCGUAAAGAACUGGGUGGUAAGCUGGCUGCUCUGCGUGAUGCUAUGGGUGAAAUUCAGAAGAAAAAGACAGCUAUUGAAAACAUUUCCAAGUCUUUGAGACUGAAGUACCGGGCAGUGCAGCAGGACUAUACUACAGCAGAGCUACGGCUUCAAGAGGAACUCAGCAGGUCUCGAAGGACAUUCACAGCUUCCAUGGCAGAAGUGGAAAAGCUCAAUGGGCACGUCCUGGAGGAGCAGACAUAUCUCCUUAACAUUGCGGAGGUAAAAGUGGUGUCACGCUGUGAUUAUCUCACAAUGCGGGUGAGGCAGACUGAUAUCGCCCUGCUAAAGGAUGAUGGUGGAGGCAGUGACGAUGAAGAGCUGGAUCUGAGGAGCAGCUUGCCCACCAUGUUUCAGCUGCAAGAGCCAGAGCUAGUCCGAACAGAGCACUCUAAGCCUGUAGAAGUGGGCCAGUUGACCACAAACACUUACACUGUCAAUACAGACGACGAGGAGAGUGGGUUGGAGAUUGCACUUGAAGGUGAUGUAGAGGGUGUAGCUGGAGCAGCAGCUAUGGGUGGUGCUAUGGGUGCUCCAAUGGAUCUUUACCGAGAUAUUGACAUGGUUGCAGCUGUAGAGGAGGCAGUAUGUGGUUCACCAAGCAGCUUUAAGUCCAAGUCCAUGGAUGCAGGUGGGGGAUCACCUGCAGGAGCCGGGGCAAGUGCAGGGCCCCCAGUCUGCCAGUUUGUGAAGAAGAUGGGCUGUAAGGGAACUCUACCUGGGAUGUUCAAUUUGCCUGUCAGCAUCUGUGUAACACCACAGGGUGAGGUGCUGGUGGCAGACCGUGGCAACUACCGUGUCCAGAUAUUUAAUCGCAAAGGUUUCCAGCGUGAAAUCCGCCGAAAUGCCAGUAGCAUUGACAACUUUGUUCUGAGCUUCCUUGGGGCUGACCUGCCUAAUCUCAUCCCCUUAUCCAUUGCUGUCACUCCUCAAGGUCUGAUUGGGGUCACUGACAACUACGAUAACUCAGUUAAAGUCUACACUAUGGAUGGACACUGUGUGGCUUGCCACAAGAACCAACUGAUUAAACCCUGGGGUAUAACUGCAAUGCCAUCAGGCCAGUUUGUGGUAUCAGAUGUGGAAGGCGGCAAGCUGUGGUGUCUAGCAGUGGACCGCAACGUGGGUGUGGUCAGCUACAACCGACUGUGCUCUGCUGUUCGGCCAAAGUUUGUGACAUGUGAUGCAGCUGGAACAGUCUAUUUCACCCAGGGCCUGGCCCUGAACUUUGAGAAACGCCACAAUGAGCCCCACCUGGAGGGUGGCUUCUCCAUUGGUUCAGUGGGCACUGAUGGCCAGCUGGGCAAGCAGCUCAGCCAUUUCUUCUCAGAGACAGAGGACUUCCGCUGUAUCACUGGCAUGUGUGUGGAUGCCAAUGGGGAUUUGCUGGUAACAGACAGUGGUAGGAAAGAAAUCCUCCAGUUUCCCAAAGAGGGUGGAUUCAAAAUUCUCAUCCAGGAAGGGCUGACCUGCCCUGUGGGAGUGGCCACCACCCAGAAAGGACAGCUGCUAGUGCUGGAUUGUUGGGACCACUGUAUCAAAGUCUACUCAUACAUUCAGAGGAGGCAUUCCUCUACUUCUUAGAGGAACAGUCCAGUCUAUCUGCACAUGGGAGGUUUAGAAGGUAUGCGUGUAGGGAAGUUUGGCAAAGGUA